CAAGAAAUCUCCCCCAGGUGAUUCCAAACCACCUCCCUCUUUCUCUCUCUCUCGGGUUUCUCCCUCCGUCUCUCUGCGCCUCAGACCUCAGUUCGCUCAUCCCCUUCCCCAUUCACACUCGCCUGCUCCCAUAGCCACUUCCCCCCCCCCCCCCCCCCCCAACUGCCAUUGGUGCCCCAAUCCAAGCUCAAAGUCUCAGGAGCUUCGUCCCCGAGGCCUGAAUCCAUGCCCCCACUAUCCUCACUCCCCUGCAUUGCUAUAAAUCCCACUGCAUCUUGGCUCUGGCCCAUCUAAUCUGCCAAGGAACCAUGGCCCGGCCUCCCAAAUCCACCGGCAUUGCCUUCUCCCUCCUCCUGCUGGCAGCCGCCGCCGCCGCCUCGGACCUCCUUCUCCUCAACUCCACGCUCCCCGACCCCGCCGCCGUCGUCGCCGACUUGCACAGCAAGGUGGCGAUGUCGCGGCGGCGGAUGCAGGAGGCCGGCGGGGCCAGCGGCGGCGGCGGGUGCCUGACGGGCAACCCAAUCGACGACUGCUGGCGGUGCUCUGGGACGGACUGGCGGCAGGACCGGCAGCGGCUUGCGGACUGCGGCAUCGGGUUCGGGCGCAACGCGCUGGGCGGCAAGGGCGGUCCGGUGUACGUGGUGACGGACUCGUCGGACGGCGACCCCGUGAACCCGGUCCCCGGCACGCUCCGGCACGCCGCCAUCCAGGAAGGCCCGCUGUGGAUCGUGUUCGCGUCGGACAUGGCCAUCCGCCUGAACGAGGAGCUGCUGGUGAACAGCUACAAGACCAUCGACGGGCGGGGCGCGCGCGUGCACAUCGGCGGCGGCGGCGCGUGCAUCACGCUGCAGUACGUGUCCAACGUGAUCAUCCACAACGUGCACGUCCACGACUGCGUCCCCGCCGGCAACGCCAACGUGCGGUCCUCGCCGACGCACUACGGGUGGCGCACCAGGUCGGACGGCGACGGCAUCUCGCUGUUCGGGGCACGGGACGUGUGGGUGGACCACUGCGCGCUGUGGCGGUGCGCCGACGGGCUGGUGGACGCCAUCAUGGGGUCGACGGCCAUCACCGUGUCCAACAGCUACUUCGCGCACCACGACGAGGUGAUGCUGCUGGGCGCCAGCGACGCGUACCUGCCGGACUCCGGGAUGCAGGUCACCAUCGCGUUCAACCGGUUCGGCCCCGGGCUGGUGCAGCGGAUGCCGCGAUGCCGGCGAGGGUACUUCCACAUCGUCAACAACGACUACACGUCGUGGGAGAUGUACGCCAUCGGCGGCAGCGCAAACCCCACCAUCAACAGCCAGGGCAACCGCUACAUCGCGCCCGGCGACCCAAACGCCAAGGAGGUGACGAAGCGGGUGGACACGGCGGAGGGUCAGUGGAACGGGUGGAACUGGCGGACGGAGGGCGACAUGAUGGUGAACGGCGCCUUCUUCGUGCCGUCCGGAGAGGGCCUGGAGGAGAUCUACGACAAGGCGUCCAGCACCGACCCAAAGUCGUCGGCGCUCGUCGACGUGCUCACGCAGAACGCCGGCGUCCUCGGCGAUCCCAGGAACGAUGCCGAAGAAACCGGGUACAGGGGUGUCAACUACGCCGGCGUGGGAACUGGCGGCGGUGGCGGCAACGGCUACGGCUACCUCGGGAUGGUCUAUGCCAACGGUGGCGGCGAUCGGAGAAGCAGAUCACAGUCGGCGCUGUCAUUGAUUUCUUCAGUUACCACCCUCAUUGCGCUCGGAUGCUUGCGCUUGUUGUAACAUAACUUAUAUAGUUCAUCCUAGCUUCAUUCAGGCGCUUCGUUAUGAUUCUCAAUUGGAAAAGUUAGCAAAAUGGGAGAAGGGAAAGCUUGUAGCUGGGGUGGUGGUAGUAGUAGCAGCAGCAGCAGCAGCAGCCUAGUAGGGAGGUAGGCAGGCAACAGAAACCAUGUGUAAAGUUGCACAUGGCUGGGAGGAUAUUGCCAAGCUAAUCACUGUACUUCUUACAAGGAGAAAUGGACGAUUCCAUCCUAACUUUACUA